GGCCUAGCCCGCUCCUGGCUGCUGCCUCAGGGUCGGGGGGUCAGGGGGAAAGGCCCUCGGGAAAGCCCCGGGGGCGGCGGGUCCGGGUACGAGAAGGGCAGCGCCGCCUCCGCUUUAUAAGGCGCCUGGGCAGGCGGGCAGGCAGGCAUGGGGCAGGCCGGGGCGCUGCUGCUGCUGCUGCUGCUGCUGCUGCUGCUGGCACUUCUACGGGAAGGCCGAGGCGCGGCGCUGCACGUGGAGCCGCCGGGGCCGGUGGUGGCGGUGGCCGCGGGCGCGUCGCUGAUGCUCACCUGUCGCCUGGCGUGCGCGGAGCGGGCCGCGGCGGUGCGCUGGUGGGGCCUGGACACCAACCUGGGCGCCAUGGAGCCGGGCGAGCGCAGCAGCGUGCUGUGGGUGCGCGCGGCCUCGCCGGCGAGCGCGGGCACGCGCGUGUGCAGGGGCUCCUGCGGCGCACGCUCCCUCCAGCGCUCGGUGCAGCUGCAGGUGUUCGACUUCCCGGACCGGCUGACCGCCUCCCCCGCGGCCCUGGCGGCCGGGCGCGACAGCGAGGUGGCCUGCACCGCCCGCAACGUGACGCCCGCCCACCCCGGCGCCCUGACCCUGUCCCUGCUGCUGGAGGGCCGCGAGCUGGCGGGGGCGCUGGCGCUGGGCCGCGAGGAAGCCGAGGAGCCGCUGCCGGACGCGGAGGAGCCUCUCUUCAGCGUGACCGAGCGCUGGCGGCUGCCCCCGCUGCCCACCCCCGGCCCGGCCGCCCUGCACUGCCGGGCCACCAUGAGGCUGCCGGGCGUGGAGCUCAGCCACCUGCUGGCUAUUCCCGUUCUGCACAGCUCCACACCCCACUAUCCAGUCCUGCCUGACUCAACCACCAAGGAGCUCCUGGUCACCACCCCUGAGGCCACCACCAUCCUGGAAGCCACUACCUGGAAGGGCACCACCACCUCCGAGGCCACCACCCCCACCCCAGAGGCCACCCCCGGGCAGGGCUCCACCACUCACGCAGGGAGUCCCUCCCCCACACCUGGGAACAGCUCUGUGGCACACUGUCGCCCUGAGAUCCGCAGGUUCCCCUCACCUGGCGGUGUGGAGCUGCUGUGUGAGGCCACCUGCGGCCCCAGUGUGGCCGUGCACUGGACCCAGGCCCCCGGCGGGCUGGCAGCCUUCCCGCGGCAGGAGACAGGGGCCCGCGCCUGGCUGACCCUGCACUGGGCUGGGUGCACCCCGGAGGGCUGGUUCCAGUGCCGCCUGGACCCGGGGGGCCACAUGGCCAGCCUGUACCUGACUCCCGAAACCUGCUCAUCCCCGAUGCCCGCCGGCCUGUGGCCAGGGAGCCUGGUGCUGGGGCUGCUGCUGCUGCUGGCCCUGCUGAGCCGCCGCCGGUGGAGCCGCUGCAGGCGCCCGCGCUGACCCCGCCGCGUUCUCACCACCCCCGCCCCGGACCCCGGGCCUUCGCUGGGCUCCGGGGCUCCGGGCAGUGCGGGGCCACUGCCCCCCCACACGCCCCACGGAGGCAGCCCCUCCCCAGAAUAAAGCGCAGUCCUCAGCGGCUCCUGUGUCGGUUUGUGGAGGCCGGGGCCCUCGGCACAGGUGUCCGGAGCAGCGGGGAAGGGGGCAUAUCCGGGCAGACCGGAGCCUCAUCGGGCCAGAGCCGGGGAAGCGAGCCGGCACUGCGUGCUCUGCCCGGGGGCGCGGGGGGAAAGGCUCGUCCCUGCGACGCCGGGCCUGUAAACAACCGGGGG